CGUCGCGACAGUGAUGUCUUUCCAGUGUGUUGUGUGUUCGCAUGCAUGCAUGGUUUGAUGCAAUUUGACCUCCUGCGUUGACUAGGUUUGAACGAAAACUAUUCACACGGAAGUGUACUCUGCGCAACACACAUUUUGUCAACCCACACUUCUCAAUUUCUAGUGCGCUUCUCUCGCCAAUAGAGAGUUUUUCACAAAAUGAUGGUCUCCACCAAAGUCUUUCUCUUAGCCUGUUUCGCUUUUCUUAGUUUCGCUGGGUUUGCAUGGAACCUAGCGAUGUGGAGCUUGCUGACAGGGCUUGCUGUACUUAUUAUCGCGGUUCUGUAUCUUCACAGGUGCGCGUGGCCUGAACGUCUUCCACCGAGAGGAAAGUCCGUCUUCAUUACAGGUUGUGACAGUGGUUUCGGAAAUGCGACUGCAAAGCAUUUGGAUGCUCUUGGGAUUCAGGUCUUUGCAGGCUGUCUGUUUCCAGGCGGUGAGGGCGCUUCUCGGCUGAGAGCUGAAUGCUCGGAUAAAUUAUGUGUUAUCCCAUUGGACGUUACUGAGCAGGAGGAUGUUGACGCAGCCAUAGCAACCAUCACAAAAUCCACUGGAGAUGAGGGUCUUUGGGGAGUGGUUAAUAACGCAGGUAUCUGCCUCUGGUCUAGGCUGGAGGUCACGCCCAUGGAGACAAUCCAACAACAUCUGGAUGUGAACCUGCUCGGUCAGAUCCGUAUUGUCAAGGCAACGCUUCCACUAUUGCGCAAGUCCAGAGGUCGAGUCAUCAGUAUCAACAGUACAAAUAGUUAUUUCUACAUGACGCUGUUUGGGGCCUACGGCAUAUCCAAGGCGGCCGCCGAAAUGUUUAGCAAUGUGUUACGACUUGAAUCAAGGAAGUGGGGAAUCCAAGUGAUAACCAUUCAUCCAGGAGGCUUCCGAACUGGCCUCGUGACCAACCUAAACAGCAUGCGUCAAUAUCUACAGAAGUGCAACGAUCAACUUAGCGCUGACCUUAAGCAGUAUUACACACCGGAAUACUUCCAGGCAAUGCUCGAUAAUAAUGGCGCCUCAACUCUUCCCACGGAUCUGUCACCUGUUUGUCGCACAGUGACAACAGCGUUAUUGGAGAGGGCGCCCAGUACCUGCUAUAGGUGUGGUCCGUUUGCAGGUGUGAUGGUCCGUUCGGCUCAGUUUUUGCCAACUCCGCUCUUCGAAUUCUUUGUUCGCAACAGCAAAUUGUUUAACAAGGAACUGAAGGUCUUAAUCCGCAUACGAUCAAAGAUGACAGUAAACUCUAGGUCUUUGGCCUUUUUACGCUACCGGUAAUCGGUACCUUGAACAGAGAUGGUUCUCAUAAUCACAUCAGUGUUCCUCACAAAUUGCAAAAUACCCAAUUAACUCAUUACUUAUUCGGCAAUUAAUUUCAGUCUGCCAACCUAAGGAAAAGCCUGUAAAAGCCCGGGUGCGAUUAUGCUUUUUUUGGGGGGGGGUCGUUACUGCACUGAAAAUCACGAGUGUACCACAAAUGCAUGUGCAUUGAUGUAAUAUCAAUCAUAACAAUUAUUGAGCCUUAAUUAUAUAUUAACAUUGUUUAUUCAAUGGAUUUCUAUAUCAGCAAGUUUUGUUUUUGUCACACCCACAAAUAUUCCCUUUUGGGGAUGUGGAAAGUGUUAACCACCUGUAUCUAUCAAUUAACUGUUUACUGUAGUUUAAUAUGGCUAUUAUUAUACGGCCCUUGUCUCAAAAUUAUAUCUCAAAUAUAUUAUACGGCUCAUUUUAUUUUUGAUUCUAAUGCUAACAAUAACAUGGUCCGGAACCCUACUCCUAUAAAACGUGAGAGAGCUACAUGACGUUUCUUUUUGUUAUACCAUGGUAAUAAACUGUGAAUUUUUGUUGGUCGUACAUUGAUCAAAUGAUAUGCCUCAAAUACGCAAAUACAUCAGUAAGGAAUUUCUUAAGCGAUGUCCGCCAUGGUUUGCGAGUUACGUACCUAUACCCUGUACCCACAAGAUCCAUUAAACUGGUUCCCGUCCAAUUCGUAGUCUCCAGACGUCUUACAGACGUCCUCCGAAAGUAAGGACCGGUAGCGGCUAAUGAAUCCGGCAGAAUCCUGCCAGUUUUAUGUAAACUGAGGGAACGAAGCCCGCUCAAUGCACAUAUCAAGCAUGAGCUUAUAGAAUAUUUUGCUUUUUCUUCUUUGUUAACGAAACUAAUUUCGCCAUAAAUUGUUCAUUUUUCUAAAAUUUAACACUGAUUAACCACUGAUUUGAAAUAAAAUGCAGUAAAAUGAUUUAUCGAUGAUAAUCAUUUAAAAGGAAAUUACCACACUGCGAUCAACAGAGGCUUAGAAAGGGUAGGUACUUGUAUUUUAUUCGCUUCUCCACAAGGGGAGCGGGUUAGCAUAGCAGCUCUUUUCUUGCUUUGCACCAUUGAGGCCCGGGUUCGAGUUCCAGCCUGGCCCAGGCUUUAAGUGCAUUUGGUUACUCGAUCUCGGAGGUUUUCUCCG